CAAAAGCGGGGAGGUUUCCUUAUUGGUUUCACCACCACCACCCCCUCGCUCCUCUCUCAUUCUCUCUCUCUCGCUCGGCAUUUUUUCUCUCUCUCUACAUUUCCGUUUAUUUCGCUACCUAGGACGACGGCCGGGACGACGGUACCGACGGCGAGGUUGAAAUCUAGGGUUUCGGUGGUCUAGGGCUCGGAGAGUCGGAGAGAGAACUCGAAGCGGUCUCGAUCUCGAGGUUUGUGCGUCGGAGGAGGAGGAGGAGGAGGAGGAAGAAGAAGGAGAAGAAGAUGAGCUUCGAUCCAGUCCCUUCUAACUCCCAGGGUAACCUAGAUGAGGAGAUUUCGCAGCUUAUGCAGUGCAAGCCCUUGUCCGAGCAAGAGGUCAGGGUUUUGUGUGAGAAGGCUAAGGAAAUAUUGAUGGAAGAAAGCAAUGUUCAGCCUGUCAAAAGCCCUGUAACAAUAUGUGGUGAUAUUCAUGGGCAGUUCCAUGAUCUUGCAGAGCUUUUUCGAAUUGGGGGAAAGUGUCCAGACACAAAUUAUUUGUUUAUGGGAGAUUAUGUUGACCGUGGAUACUAUUCAGUUGAAACUGUAACCCUCCUGGUGGCAUUGAAAGUGCGUUAUUCGCAACGGAUAACUAUUUUGAGAGGAAAUCAUGAAAGUCGCCAGAUUACUCAAGUUUAUGGAUUUUAUGAUGAAUGCCUCAGAAAGUAUGGCAAUGCUAAUGUUUGGAAGAUCUUUACAGAUUUGUUUGACUACUUUCCACUAACAGCUCUGGUUGAAUCAGAAAUAUUUUGUCUUCAUGGUGGGCUGUCCCCAUCCAUUGAAACCUUGGACAACAUACGUAAUUUUGAUCGUGUUCAAGAAGUUCCUCAUGAAGGCCCCAUGUGUGAUCUUUUAUGGUCUGAUCCUGAUGAUCGUUGUGGCUGGGGUAUCUCACCCCGGGGUGCAGGCUAUACUUUUGGCCAAGACAUAUCUGAGCAAUUUAACCAUACAAACAAUUUAAAGCUGAUAGCUAGGGCCCAUCAGCUGGUGAUGGAGGGAUUCAACUGGGGUCAUGACCAAAAGGUGGUUACAAUAUUUAGUGCACCUAAUUAUUGUUAUCGCUGUGGAAAUAUGGCAUCUAUCCUGGAAGUUGAUGAUUGCAAAGGGCACACUUUCAUUCAGGUGUCUCUCUCUCUUAAAGAACACAUCCGUGCACACACUCAUGCCCCACUCCUGAGACAUUUCAUAUGGAUAUAGCUCAGGAAGAUUUGAAAUAAAGCUAUGACAGGCAUUUUUACCCAAAGUUUAAUUUGCACCUAUUCACCAACACCACAGAAAAGGAUUGAAAUCCAAAUUUAUUUUCUGGUUUCAGUUUGAGCCAGCGCCCAGGAGGGGAGAACCAGAUGUAACUCGGAGAACACCUGACUACUUCCUAUGAGCUGCUGCCAUUUAAUUGUUGCUGAUUUCCAGCCGCAAGUUCCCUGUUUACAUGUGCUGAGAGCUGUUCUAAAUUAGAAGUUAUUCGCCACCGUGAUGAUUUUGUUAUCUUGGGAAAAAAACGGAAGGGGUUUGGCUGAAAGCAUGUAAAAUGGGCAAGUUGGAUUCCUUGAUUUAGAUUAUUUUCCUGGAAGUGUGGAAUUUUGCCAGGAGAAGGCAGCAGAGCUGGCAAUGCUGUGGCGGCAUAUGUACCAUUUCCAGCAAACAAUUUGGUAUCGCAUCGUUCCUCCUUUGUUCACUUUUUUAACUUCUACCCUUCAAUUUUUCUUUUUUCCUUUUUGUAGAAUGCUUGGUGGGUCUGUAGAGGGAAGAUAAGGAGUUUAUAUUUUUUUAAUGGGUGUUCUGAUAUUUUUUUUUUCUGUCUUAGUUGAAACAUAUUUCUUUUUUUUUUUUUUUGCCCUUUUCCCCCCUAAAAAUAGGUGCACUGAGAUAAUUUGUGUCUAGUUCUCAUUAGAUUUGAUGGAUUUGGAUGAUUCUGUGUCUUCUGUACUUUGGAUGUGGAAGAGGUGGUCUUGCUUGACGGCAUCGCCUCCACUCCCCCCUGUUUUUUUUUUCGUUGUUUAAAUCUAAUUGGCUCUUUGGGUAAACAA